GGAGACGUUGGAGAGAAAGGACCUGAGGGAGCCCCUGGAAAGGACGGAGCUCGCGGUCUGACCGGUCCUAUCGGUCCCCCCGGCCCCGCUGGCCCCAACGGCGAGAAGGGCGAGUCUGGCCCCCCCGGCCCGUCCGGAGCCGCUGGAGCCCGCGGUGCCCCCGGAGAGCGCGGAGAGCCCGGAGCCCCUGGCCCUGCUGGAUUCGCUGGACCCCCAGGUGCUGAUGGCCAGCCCGGAGCCAAGGGCGAGCAAGGCGAGCCUGGCCAGAAGGGUGACGCCGGAGCCCCCGGGCCUCAGGGUCCCUCCGGGGCUCCUGGACCGCAGGGUCCCACUGGUGUCACCGGUCCCAAAGGAGCCCGGGGUGCUCAGGGACCCCCGGGAGCCACCGGAUUCCCUGGAGCCGCCGGGCGCGUCGGACCCCCCGGUCCCAACGGUAACCCCGGACCCCCCGGACCCCCCGGCCCCCAGGGGGCUCGGGGCCAACCUGGUGUUAUGGGGUUCCCUGGUCCCAAAGGUGCCAAUGGCGAGCCUGGAAAAGCUGGUGAAAAAGGACUUCCUGGAGCACCGGGGCUGAGGGGACUUCCUGGAAAGGAUGGAGAGACUGGAGCCGCCGGACCCCCAGGACCUGCUGGCCCGGCAGGGGAGAGGGGAGAGCAAGGAGCCCCCGGCCCCUCCGGCUUCCAGGGACUGCCAGGGCCGCCAGGUCCCCCCGGCGAGAGCGGCAAACCUGGAGACCAGGGCGUUCCUGGAGAAGCCGGAGCCCCCGGGCUCGUGGGUCCCAGG